GAGGGGGGAUUAUGUUUUUAUGGCAUGGAUGGGGAAGCUCGAGUAUGCAUGCACCUGGCAGCCGUGCACCUGUCCCGUAUUGUGCGACUGGAGUCGGAGAGAAGGACUCGAGCACCAGAGGCACGGGAUUAUACGCACGCCCUAUGAUGGUGGCUUAGCGGAGUUUUAAAUAGCAACAAACACUCGUGGAUCCUUUCAGCGGGUCCUGUCCCAACAAGAGACGUAUUAGUUCUUCGUCUCUGGGCUGGACGUGACCUCCUGAGGUCCCUUCCCACCCUCAUCAUCUGCGACUCUAUAACUGCAACUCGAGAGAUUGGGGUUCAGCACUUAAAUCGCAGGUUCGCGAUUGUCACGGAAGCCAUGAAAAACGGUAAUCUCUGCGGAAAAUGGCAGGAAAUCAACCCAAAAAAAUGUAAUAAAAAUAAAAUGCUGGCUUCCUAGUGGUCCUCACGGCCUCUGCGACCCGGUCUUGCAGCCCGCCCGGGAGGGGAAGGCACUGGCUGCCGGGGCGGCAGCCAAGAGAGUGGCUUCCCCUUUGUGCCUCUCCACCAAUCAGCACCAAGAGGUGGGGCUAUAUGAAGGGCAGCCAGCAGUGAAGAUGGCAGCCACUCUGUUGUCCCUCCUCCCCCUGGGGCCUCUCCACCAAUCAAUGCUGAGGGGCGGGGUCACCAUUAAAUGACUGCAAAAUUGGGUCUUCUGGCCAUGACCAAGCCACAGAAAUGGGUUUUUCUCACUGCAGGUUAGGUAGGUCCCUAGCACUAGGUUCACUCUGGGUCCUGGGCAAGUUACUUGGUAUUUCUCUUCCUUAGCUGGCCCUUCUCCUGGGGAAAUAGCCCUCUCUGCUUUCUCUAGUCUCUUUAGCUUCAAAGCCUUGCAGGGAAUGGACCAUCACCUGCCGUGAGCGGCAACAGGACUGAAGAAACGAAGCCCAAACUCUGUUCAGACCCCCCAGGCAUUGCUUUACCAGCUGGUUUUCUGUUGUACCUGCCUCCCUGCCUAUCCUUGCUUCAGCAAAACUACCAUUCACUCCUCUCCCCUUCUCAAUUACACAGCAUGGCCUCGGUACAAAAGCUGCUUUGCUCCAAAAAAUACCUUGGACCACAGCGCUAAUGGGGAAACAGCGGGCCACUGUGCUCCCGUCUCGUCAUUCUCACCCUCUGCCGGCGAGUCAAUAAGGACACGCGCACAGCUCCGCAAGCUGUUCGAAAGGCAAUUUAAAAAAAAUUCAGGCUGGUGUGACUCAUAUAAAUAACACCAAUUAAGGCAAGGAAAAAAAACGCAUUCAUUUCUUUAGGGACACAUCAGUUUUAACCAUGCACUGUUAAGGGGUAUUAAGUAGCUCAUAAAAAUGUCAUUUAAGAAGCUAAUCUUCUGGGAGAAGGCAGAGGUGGGACUAGAACCCGGAUCCUUGGGCUCUGCAUGUUGUGCCAGAAGCUGUUUUCCCACCCCAGCUGGCACUGGCUUGUUUAAACGCUGCCCCAUACCUCCCACCGAAGGCAGAGCUGGUUUUCAAGCUCUCACGGAGCAGGUCAGGAGAUGGGCCCCCAAGAGAAUUGCACGCACACAGCCCCGUGUGCCAGCACCAUCGGUUUGUUUGCAGGGAUGAGAACACCAGCAUCCCCGGCGGGUUUGUGCAGAAGGGGACGGAGGGGUAGCUCUCGGGUCUGCGUCCUGGUCUCUGAUUAGUGACUGGGAAAGCAUUGCCCCCAGUGCCUGAGCCUCUAAAAUUAAGCAUGUGCUCAACUGCUUCGUUGUUUCAGGGCCAGUAUACUCAGCACCUUGGAGGACUGGGCCCUCCACUGCAGAAAGGAUGUGGACAGACUGGGGACAGUCAUGAAAAUGUUUCGGGGACUGGGGCACAUGACUUGUGAGGAGAGAUUGAGGGAAAUGGGCUGAUUGAGUCUGCAGAAGAGAAGACCGAGGGGGAUUAAAUAGCACCCUUCACCUCCCUGCAGGGGGGCUGCAAAGAGGAUGGAGCUGGACUGGUCUCAGUGGGGGCAGAUGACAACAAGGAGCAAUGGGCUCCAGCUGCAGCAAGGGAAGUUGAGGUUGGAUAUUAGGAGGAACUUUCUCAUGAGGAGGGUAGUAAAAUACUGGAGCAGGUUACUCAGAGAGGUGGUGGACCUUCCAUCCUUAGAGGUUGUUAAGACUCGGGUAGAGAAAGCCUUGACUGGGGUGAUGUAGUUGGGGCUGGGCCUGCUUGGAGCAGGACUAGAUGUGACCCAGGGAAGUGGUCCUUGCCCCUACCUUGGGCAAAUUCAAGAGGAGGUUGGAUGAUCACCUGUCUGGGGUCUUGUGAACCCAGCGUUCAUUCCUGCCUGUGGCAGGGGGUCAGACUAGAUGAUCUGUUCAGGUCCCUCCUGACCCUAGCUACUAUGAAACUAUGACCCCCUGAGGUCCCUUCCACCCUCACUUUCUUUGAUAUUUUUUCUAUAAUUUUGACUCAGCUUCUAGCAGACCAUUCACCAGCUCCAAGGGUUUCUUUAACUUUCUUUAAUGCUUGGAUAAGCACCUUGUUGAGCUCAUUGGAGCCCAAUAACUUCCUGCCCGCGGCAGGGGACUGGACUUGAUGAUCUUGCAGAUCCCUUCCAGUCCUGCGACACUAUGAUUCUUGAACCCACUUCCUCUCAAAGUGGACGCAGGCUCUCGGGAGCACAAAUGGCGCAGCGGACACUGCCAAAAGUCAGGGACUCUUGACUCCCGGCAUCAGCUGGUUGCAAACUUUGCAGGAUAAAACGGACUGCGUUGUUGUACAUCAUUAGCAGCAGCUGAAUUGUAGGUUGUACGAAGACGUGCUACCCAGCUGGUUACCAUGUUGCUCUGGCAGACCAGCUCCAUCCUGUGUCUGUCACCGGUGGAUGGUGGAGUAUCUCCUUCACUUCAGGGAGCAUGGGCCAGAGCUUUAGAAAAUGCAGGUCCAGGCUCCGUUCCUCCUGUCGUGGAGCAGAGUGCAAGGGACCAUGAUCUGCAUCAAAGUGAGAGCCAAGAGGUUCUUCUAGGUGCCCUUGGACUUGCUUUGAACAUGCAUCCAUGGGUAUAUUGAGAUAUGAAUCAAACACUUCAUUUUCCUUGGUUAAUAUGCUUGGAGCUUUGGCAGCCUCUACGUUGGGGACGGGACGGGGCCGUCAGCAGAGGUUGAAGGUGAGAUGGUGGCCACAUGUAUGUGAUCAAGUCUUCCUCUGCGGUCCUCUCCCGGCAACCAAAAUAUCCCAUUACUUUCUCCUAGCUGAAAGAGCACUUAUUUAACUAGGGAGCUCUGGCUUUGUUAACAAGCACGACAGUGAGGAAGGCCCCGGGGCGCAACACAAAAGAGGUCAGCAUUGUCACAUUAUGUUUUAGCAUGAAUGCAGCAAAGCUUUUAAAUAUAAAAACGUUAUGGACCUUGCUAAGCUGUCUUUAAUGACCCUAACAAAACCUGGAGAGCCAGAGUCUGAAUCGUGAAAGGGACUGGAGUUUUGCUGUUUGAAAAAUCAGGCCGAGGAAUGCUUGAAUGCUAAAUAAAUGAAUAAGAGCAUCUCCCGGCUGACUCGAUGUAGAAAUUGGAGCAAUUGCUUGUUUUUUGAACAGCUAACACAGUUUAUACUUUCUCUUCUGCAUAAUGGCUUAUGAAUGUCCAGAAUAGCAGAGACUACCUGUGGGUGAAGAAGGGUGAGUGCACCCAAAAGCUUGCAAAGAACUUUUUUCCAACUUCUUAGUUGGUCUAAUCAAAGAUACCCCAUCUACCCAAAGAGCCUGGCCUGCCUGUGUAGACCAACAUGGCUACAACCAACAACCCAGAUACCAUCUAGCAUGUCAGGAUGGGGGAGAGUAGCCAGGCACCACUUCAGUGCAACUCAAGGCUAAAGAAUCUGCUUAUGUUCCCCCCCGUUCCUUGGAUGUGAAGCCUCUUUGCCCAACCAAAGCCUUGAGCAUUCAUGGGGACUGUCAGGUUUUCCUUUCGGAAGAGGUUCUGGAAACUGAGUCGCUAGGCAUGCAGAGAUUCACUGACAGAGCCCGAAGCCACGGCUUCUUCAGAGGUGGAAGACUAACCUUCAAAUGGAGGCACGAAACAGAUCACCCCCUCACCCCAGAACUAAUAAGGCUGAAAAACAGACAAGUGCUGAUGAAUUAAUGUAAUUAUUUUCCUGCAUUACUUGCAACAGAAUUGGCUCGACUUGAGAGAAUAUUUUCCUAGUUUCAUUUUAUAAGGGUUUUUUUUCCCCCCUUUCCCUCUUCUUUCCUUGAAGCUGCUUAUUUCCAAAACACUUAUUAGCUAUUUUCUUAAUGUUUUGCUUGUAAUGACUUUAAAGGGCACAUGGUUUGAACUACUUGCCUCUUUAAAGAUGGGAAUCAAAUACCUUGGGAAAAGAAAGAUCAGUGUAGGGAUCAAUAUCUCUUUUGCCUUGGUUUGUUUCUGUGCGUGUGCAUGUGUGCAAGAGAGAAUGCACAUGCACUCCUUAGAAGCAAGACCGCACUAUUAUUGCACUUGCUCUGCCAAUGUUUCUUUAGGCUUCAACACCCAUCUAUUCUGUGUCUGGCCCCUCUUAAACUGCAGCUUGGGGUGUCCAGGGGUUUGCAGCAUAGGUUACAUUUCAUUAGGACUUGGCCUGAGAUCUCUGAAAUUGCUUUGGAGCUGAUCCAAAUUCAAAUGCGAACACAGGUCAGAGAGGAGAGGGGGAAAUACAUUAAUCCAGAGUGACGUCUCGCCUAACGCCUCAAGUGCCUUGUGAAUGUUAACAAGGUCUGGUAGGAUGGAAAAGGAGAGGCCGAUGAGGAGAGAGAGCAGGAGUCGGAACGGUAGUCUUGUACGUGGCAAACAUUUAAUAAUGGGGCGACGAAGACUGAUUUACCCUAAGAAAUAACGCAGUGUCCUUGUUAAAAGGAUGCUAAAACCAAAUGUCGCGGUGCUAUCAGAUCUUGCACGAUGUGUUCAUGUCCUGAUCCACAGCCCUUCGAGGCCGAUGGAGAGAGUCUGAUUGAUUUUCAGUGGGCUUUGGUUGAGGUCCUUACAUAGCAUCUUCCAUCUCUGUUUUGCAAAUAAUGAUUCAACCUUAUAGUGCCUCGGUAGGCAGGCAGAUACAUUUGCACCCAUUUACCCUCCAGUAUCUCAAAGGUACCCUCUGGUAGGAGUUGGCUAAGUACUUUGGGGGACCUGGGUCUUAGCUCCUGGUUUUUUUUUGAAGGCUCAUUCCCCCUCCUCCCUCCAGCUCUCGGGACCCUCCCAGAGGUGUUGCCACAUCUGGUAGCGGUGCCCUCAAACAGGCUUCAUGACUCUGAGCCCUGGCUCCCAGGCUGGAAGCAGUGCAGCCCUGUCCGCGUGGUCCCACAGGCGCCGUCACACGGCGAGGUGAACGAACCCACUGGGAGCACUGCCUGUACACCCUGCAGUCCUGGCUUCAAUCAAGGGUCCCAAAAGCCUGGACCUUGUCCCAGCUCUCAACUUUCCUGGCCUCUCUAGCAGUUCACCCAGGAACAGCUAUAGAGCAGGAGCAGAAGUCAUGACUGCUGUCUUUAAACCCUUGCUCUAUCCACAAAAUGAUCCCUCCCUUGGUAGCCACUCACCACUAUGCGGAGAAGCCUGCGGAGGAAGAGCGACUAGCCAGGCGGGAGCCUGCCAGGACAGCAAUGCAAACUUCUGCAGCAGGUUAACACCAAGGGCUUGUCACACUCCUUGGUAUCCACAGUUUGCGGCACGGCACAUUUUCGGCAAGCUGAGAACCCAUUUAGUGUCCAGCUUUUCUUCCCAACCUCCCUGGGAACUGUCUGUUCGCAAAUGCUAGAUUCUCUUCUCACAACUUGCAUUGGUUUCAAGGGAGGCAAAACAACCCCCCUUUUUAUUUAUUUGUCUGCGCUCUGGCUGAAUCUCCAUGCGCUCUGCCAGGACCUGUCCAGGCCAGGAGAGCUCAGCAACCCCUCAAACAGCGCGACUUAAACCUGCGCAUAUGUGCGAUCAGCAAAAUCCUCCGCACAACACGUGAAUGCAGGGUCGCUCGCACAGCUGGGAACUCAUGAGGGCCGGUAUUUAAUAUUCAAGGUUGUUCCAAUCCUUGGAAGAGCAUUUCAACUCCGUGCCAAAGUCCUCAUAUUAGUGUAGUUGCUUUUGGGUUCACGCGAGGCGACGGGGCUUGGGUCUGGCUGCGUUGUUUUCCCGAAUGAACGUGCCCAUCCCUGCAGAAAUAUUUUGCACUCGUGGGCCCCGCAGAGGGGAUGAAAAGUUUGCAGAGGAAGCAGUCGGGGCCACUGGCACAGAGCUCAGCCCGGCACCUAGGAGCAUGUGCUGGCGGUGGGCCACAGCACACGCCUCCCUCUACACCUCUUGCAGCUCGUGACUACAGGGCCCCAGGUGACGUGAUGUCAUUUGGCAGCUGUUCAAGGAGGAAUUAUUUCUGGGCUCCUCCAGGUCCCAGGACACUAUGGGGAAAGGGAUUUCAUUUGCCAAGCUGCUAAGAGCGCGGGGCGGGCGGUGUUUGGGAAGAUUAGCAGAGAGACGUCGGCCGAUGCUUGUGGUAUGCAGCCUGGGGAUGGAGUAGCCUUGCGGCCAGAUGGAAACCUGGAAACUCUGCCUGGCUCCGCUACUGAGCAGCUGCAUGACCAAGGACAUGUCACUUAACAUCUCUGCGCUUCCCUUGCGGCUUCUUGCUCUGGGACUAUUUGCCACCGCCCAGAGAGGCUCGUGAGGCUUAAUGAGUUGUGCGAGUGCUUUGAUGGCGCUGGCUGAAGGAUGCUGGAUAAGUGCACAGUUCACCAGUACUACAGCUGCCUUCCCGAAGACAAGGUGCCCUACGUGAACAGUCCCGGAGAGAAGCUGCGCAUCAAGCAGCUCUUGCAUCAGCUGCCGCCGCAUGACAAUGAGGUCCGAUAUUGCAACUCGCUGGAUGAGGAGGAGAAGAGGGAGCUCAAGCUCUUCAGCAAUCAGCGGAAGAGGGAAAAUUUAGGCAGAGGCAACGUUCGGCCCUUCCCCGUCACCAUGACGGGAGCCAUUUGCGAGCAGUGCGGCGGCCAGAUCAACGGCGGAGACAUCGCGGUGUUUGCAUCUCGAGCAGGGCACGGCGUGUGCUGGCACCCUCCUUGCUUCAUCUGCAGCGUUUGCAAUGAGUUGCUGGUUGACCUGAUCUACUUCUACCAGGACGGGAAGAUCUACUGCGGCCGGCACCACGCUGAGUGCCUGAAGCCGCGGUGUGCGGCCUGCGAUGAGAUCAUCUUUGCAGACGAGUGCACCGAGGCGGAGGGCAGACAUUGGCACAUGAAGCACUUUUGCUGUUUUGAAUGUGAAACCGUGCUGGGAGGCCAGAGGUACAUCAUGAAGGAAGGCCGCCCGUACUGCUGCAACUGCUUCGAGUCCUUGUACGCCGAGUACUGCGACACCUGUGCCCAGCACAUAGGCAUCGACCAGGGGCAGAUGACUUACGACGGCCAACACUGGCACGCAACGGAGACCUGCUUCUGCUGCGCUCAGUGCAAAAAAUCCCUGCUGGGCCGGCCGUUCCUCCCAAAGCAGGGGCAGAUAUUUUGCUCGAGGGCAUGCAGCGUGGGUGAGGAUCCCAACGGCUCAGAUUCGUCCGACUCGGCCUUCCAAAAUGCCCGAGCCAAGGAGUCCCGGCGCAGCGCCAAGAUCGGCAAGAACAAAGGGAAGGCAGAGGAGAACGUGCUGACCCAGUGCGGCCAGCUGCAGGUGACCUCCAACCGGCUCUCCGCCGACGUGGACCCCCUCUCGCUGCAGAUGGAUCUGCUGAGCCUGUCGAGCCAGACGCCCAGCCUCAACCGGGAGCACAUCUGGAGGAGCAGAGACGAGCUCUACCACUAUGGGAAUAAAAUGGAGCAGAGCCAGUCCCAGAGCCCCUUGCAGCUUCUCAGCCAGUGUAAUAUCAGGACUUCCUACAACCCAGGCCAGGUCCCAGGCAGCCAGCCCGAUUUGUGGGGGAAGCAUUUCAGCAACCCAAAGAGAAAUUCGUCGCUGGCUAUGAAAGGGCACAGUGGGAGCUUCAUCCAGGAGUGCCGUGAAGAUUACUACUCAGGAAGGCUGCGAUCCCAGGAGAGCUACAGCGACAUGUCCAACCAGAGCUUUAAUGAGACCAGAGGCAGCCUCAAAGUCCCAAAGUAUGACGAGGAGGAGGAGGGCGGGAUGCAGGCUCAGCAGUGCCGCACCCGGCACCCCAUCAAUGCACUUAAAUUCCCAGAGGGCCUCACGCCCACCGAGCAAACGCCGCGGGGCUCCAUGGAAUCCCUGUCCCUUUCCAAUGCAACCGGCCUCUCUGCAGACGGCGGCGCCAAGCGCCAGGAGCAUCUCUCUCGCUUCUCAAUGCCUGACCUAAGCAAGGACUCUGGGAUGAACGUCUCGGAGAAGCUCAGCAACAUGGGCACGCUCAACUCCUCAGUGCAGUUUCGAAGCGCCGAAUCCGUCCGCAGCCUCCUGUCCAUGCAGCAGUACCAAGACAUGGAGCCCAACCUGCACGGCCUCGCCAACCCCCUCAGCUACAGGGAGAGGCCGCCACAGGGCAGGUUGCACCAGAGCUUUGAGUACGACAGCAGGAUGUCGGGGAACCCCGUGCCUGGGCAGGAUGGUGCGAGGCACCCCCCGACGAGUGAGCGCACACGUCGGCGGACUAAUCAGCGAGAUGACGACCGGCGCUGCCGCCCCCACAAGCCGCGGCGAUCCCGGCGGUCCCGCUCGGACAACGCCCUGCACCUGGCGAGUGAGCAGUGCUGUCGGUUGAAAGAGCGGCCGUCGCUGCGGGCCCGAGAGGACUACGACCAAUUCGUGGCCCAGAGAAGCUGCAGAGAGGCCAUGGAGCAGGGCUCCCGCCGGGAUGUGUAUGGCCAGUGCCCAAGGACCGUGUCAGACCUUGCCCUACAGAACCACCUCGGGGAGCGCUGGGGGCCCUAUUUUGCCGAAUACGACUGGUGUUCCACCUGCUCCUCUUCCUCGGAGUCGGACAACGAAGGCUACUUCCUCGGGGAGCCGAUUCCCCAGCCCGCCCGUCUCCGGUAUGUCACCAGCGAGGGGCUCCUCCACAAGUACGGCUCGUACAGCAUGCCCAAGUCUUCCACGCUGGGCAGCAGGGGACAGUUGCACAGCCGGAAGAGGCAAAAGAGCAAAAACUGUAUCAUAUCCUAACAGCGUGGCGGCCUGGGAGCCUGCCGAGAAUGUAGAGUCACUCCCAAACUUGCACUGUCCUAGAUCUUAUAAGCGCUUUUUAUUGUAACAGAAAGGCCUGAAGACCGGGGAUUUAUAAGAAGGUUGUAGCCUGGCUUCUAUAAAUAGUCCUAUUCGUUGGCACAAGUGAAUAUAUUUUGCACAUUUUACUUUGGGGGAAAAAAAAAACAAAAAAACAUUCACUUUAGUCUGUACUAGUUACCUAGUAUUUUCCCGCUCCCUCCUGAAACCUGUCCCUUGCCCUUUAGUCCAUACAUUUUAAUUACCACUGUUUACUAUAAUCAGCAGUUUGCUACUAGCUUGUGCUUUCCUAAAUGCGCUCUUGUUUUCGUCACCCAUUUUGGUAAGUAAUUUGCCUCUCAGACCGGAUGGGAGCCUAAGUUAUUUCCAUGAUUGUUGUAAAUGCAAUGUAUAUGAGAGUUUGGAGAAAAUAUUUUUGUAUUUUGUAAUAUCAGAGGAAUUUCUAUAUCUUAGGAGUCACUGGGAAACUGCAUGCACGUUCAGAACUGUGUUCGGCCCGAGCUAAACGAAUGGUACUUUCGAAUCCCUUUUCCUUUCUCCGGGAGAUUCAUUAAGUAUGUCAGUGAGAGUCUGGGUUUCUUUUUUUAAAGUCUUUUUGUUCCUGGUAAAUAUAAAGAACAAUUUCUGAUUCAGUCAAUCUUGAAAGGGCCUAGGUGGCAUUUUGCAGUCUGCACACACCCGUGAUAUUCAGGUCCUCUCUCUCUCUCUCUCUAUCUCUUUCUCUCUCUUUCUCUCUCUGUCAGAUACAGGAGUCUUUACAAUGGCCAGAGUGACUUUUGUCAAAUAGGAGAGAAUAAACUACCAAAUGUCUGCAAAGUUUAAACAACCAAAGUUGGAGAAGGAAUUUGACAUCUCUGUAGAGGAGUUGCUAAACUUUGAACUAUUCUUUGAAGUAAAUAAAAGUGUAAAUGGUGCAAUUGUGUGAUGUCAGCAUGACGUUGUUUUGAGUAUAGAAUUGUCUUAUGGUGCUCUAGUUUCCUGGAUUAUGUUAACUGCUCUUCAUUACCAAGUGAAAUCUUCAACACUGCCUACUACCUAAAAUGUAACUAAACAAAUGCAAACUAAUCACAGCGGGCUUCGUCCUGCCCCGGGGGCGCGCUCCACUUGUGAGGUCCGUUGGCCUUCGAAGGGCAUACCCCCGGGGCGGGAUCGAGCCCAUUGUUUGGAGCUAGGACAAACCACCAAAAGCAUCAACAUGGUAAAGUGUUAUAUAAAUAGGACUCAAGUGUAUUGUGUUAUGGUGGACGUGAGUUUUUCUCUAUAUGCUUUAAAACCAUUGAGGUACAGACAUCAAGGCGUGUCCCAUUGCGUUCCCCCGUGGGACAAGGAAGGAGGCAGAUGUUCUGUAGGACUGUAGGAUGUAUACAGUUUCUUUCACUGGUUCCCAGCGAGGCCGACUCACAGCCUUUGGUACUGUAUGUAGGAGGGUCUCAAGGCCACACCUGUCUCCCAUUGAAGUCGAUGGCAAAAUUCCCAUAGAUGUCAGUGGUGGAAGGAGCCGAUUUACAAAGAGACUUGGGUAUCUAAAGAUGCAGUAAGCAGGUGACUUGCAAACACACCUAAGCGUUCGCUCGUUAGGACUCUUAACCCGCUUAGCAACUUUGGUAGAGCUCAUUAAGCAGCCUCGCUACAUCUUUAGAUGCCUACAGACCUUUAUACUUCUAGUCCCUGUAUUUGGAUCCACUUGGGCAAGCCCCGAUGCCUUUGUAGAUCCAGUCGUGGAACUGGGCCGUACAUUCGCACUCUUUAUAACGGUUCGGGAACAAACUGUUGCCUGUCAAAAGCAGCAGAGGUGGGAAAUCUUGGCGAGAGAUGUCUCCAUGCCAUAAACUAUUGCUAGGAAUUUUUCGUUGUUUGUACGGACAAUGUGAUGAUGAUUCUUUUUUUUUUUCAAAGAGGGAAAAAAAAAAAAAGAAACAAGAGUACGUAUAAAAUCAUGUUUUUUUUUUCCAGUUGGAAUAAAUGGAAAUAUUGAUCCAAAAAA